AUGGAAUUCUUGUUCGAAAUAUGCCUCCAAGAACACAUAAACGAUCAAAGUGAUUACUAUCCCGAUGAACACGUCAAUCAUCAUUAUAUAAAUUAUUCAGGCAAUAUACUCGCAUGGAAAAUAGAAUGCUUCUUCGUGCACCUAAUAGCAAAAACGAUGUUCACGAAUCACCAGCUCGUAACUUGUAUAAGGAUAUUGCUGUUCAGCACCUUACAGUUUUUCGGAUUAGUUCCAUUAGAAUGGAGUCAUACUCGGAAACGAUUCUUUCGAUCCUGGAAAUGGUUGCUGACGAGUGCAAUUUUCGCAACAUUUGCUACCUUUGUUUUGCCAAUUAUCUUGAGGCCCAUCAUUAAAGUUUUCUUGAGAGGGGAGUGGAAGUUCAGUUCAAAUUUUAUCCUAAUUCAAAUAUCUAUGUUAUAUUUGAUGAUCGUUUUCUCAUACGUACAAGUACUUCGUAACGUUACUCAAGUGGAGUUUUAUUCAAAUGUGUUCAUGCAACUGUUCCAUAAUGUGAUCAUAGAUUCCAACCAUCUUGAAAGAAAAUUAUUGAUCAAAGUUUUAUUAAAAUUCGUUUUUAUUGAUGUUAUCUUACAUGUGGGAACGUUUAUCAUGUCUUUAGUGAAAUACCCAGGCAUAACAGUUGAAAUACUUGUAUUUUAUAUAGUCGAUUGCUUUACUUUCUUCCAAAUAACUUUGGUGGGCAACAUUUUUCAAGCGACGGCAAUUUUCGGAUCAAUGUCCUACCGCUGCAUUAACCAGAGAAUUGCUAAAACAGUUGCUCAAAUGGUUAAAAUUGAUAAAGAUCGAUUGUUUUGGAACCGACGAAAAGCGGAAAAGGUCAUCGUUUGCCGUGAACUAGCAUCUGAAAUUGAUCGCCUUUCCUAUUAUCAUCGAAUUGUCCACGGAACCGUCUGCCAAAUGAUUCAAGUGUUCGGACUCCCGGUGAUGUUAAUGAUGUUGUAUUAUUGCAUAAUUUUGCUGACAUCGGUAUAAUU